AUGCUUCAGGCAUUGAUGAAUCUGCUCUCUCUGUGCUGGAGGCCAUUUGGGCGAGGCAACGGUGAGGGACUCGACUCUGUCGGAAUUGUCGGUGCAAAUUUCCGAGGCGGUGGACGAGAUGGCAAAGAUAGCUUACUUUGGUUCCGAGAUUUCGGAAAGUACGCGUGGGGCGAUUUCUCCAUGGCUGUGGUUCAAGCCAACCAGGUGCUCGAGGACCAGAGUCAGAUCGAGUCUGGACCCUUUGGGACCUUCGUCGGCGUUUAUGAUGGCCAUGGUGGCCCCGAGGCUGCUCGAUACGUUUGCGAUAAUUUAUUCAGACAUUUCCAAGCAAUAUCAGCAGAGUCAGAUGGGGUUGUGACAGCAGAGACCAUUAGAAAUGCUUUUCUCCGAACAGAGGAAGGGUUUACUGCUCUUGUUUCAGAGUUGUGGAGUACUAGACCCAAUGUAGCAACUGUUGGGUCAUGUUGUCUGGUUGGAGUGAUAUGUCAGCAGACCUUAUUUGUGGCAAACCUUGGAGAUUCCCGUGUUGUGUUGGGGAAGAAAGUGGGAAACACUGGGGAAGUUGCUGCGAUUCAGUUAUCCACUGAACACAAUGCAAAUCUUGAGGAGGUUAGGCACGAACUGAAAGAUUUGCACCCACAUGAUCCUCAAAUUGUUGUUUUAAAGCAUGGAGUUUGGAGAGUAAAAGGGAUUAUCCAGGUAUCGAAAUCUAUUGGUGACGUAUAUAUGAAACAUGCACAGUUUAACAGGGAGCCAAUUAAUGCAAAAUUCAGACUUCCUGAACCAAUGCACAUGCCUAUCUUGUCUGCCAAUCCGACUAUUCUUUCUCAUCCUCUCCAUCCAAAUGAUUCUUUCCUUAUAUUUGCAUCUGAUGGUCUAUGGGAACACUUGAGUAAUGAAAAAGCUGUUGAGAUUGUCCACAAGCAUCCACAUGCGGGAAGUGCCAAAAGGCUUGUAAAGACGGCUCUCCAAGAAGCUGCAAGAAAAAGAGAAAUGAGAUAUUCAGAUCUUCGGAAAAUUGACAAGAAAGUCCGACGCCAUUUUCAUGAUGAUAUAACUGUCAUUGUUUUAUUCUUAAACCAUGACUUAAUAUCCAGAGGCACAGUGGAAGAACCUCCAGUCUCGAUAAGAAGUGCUGUUGACCACUGA